GUCUGGAACAUGUACACGGCCCAAAGGCAAACGGAAUUACGGAACAGAGCACUGUGGCCAUCAAGAUCAAACCGAGUCCGAUAAUCCGAACGUCCGAGACCACCGAGUCCGAGUCCAUUGGCCGAUUCGUAAAGAAGCUUCUCCAGCCAGGCUAAUAAAAGGAGGCGGCGCCUGCGCUUCUCUCCACCAAACCAAAGCCUUCAGCAAACGAACGCAAGGUUCAAGACACCAAGCCCACGCGACACGAACACCGUCUGCCGCUGCGCACGUGUAAACCGAAGAAAUCAUGGCGAUCCACAAGCUUGCACGGACACUGGCGAUCUUGUGCCUCGCCGUCCUGCUGCUUCUCCUGCCGUGCGCGGCUCGCCCCAUCUCCGAAACGAGCACCAUCGACGGCAGCCGGAGCAAGCACUUGCCACUUCGUGGAUCGAUGCUGCGCGGCCCGGAGAGCGUCGCCUUCGACGGCGCGGGCGCCGGCCCUUACAGCGGCGUCUCCGACGGCCGCGUCCUCAAGUGGAACGGGUUCGCGCGCGGCUGGUCAACGUACGCGUACAGCCCGGGCUACGACGCCGAGGCCUGCACCGCGUCCAGGGCUCGGCCGGCGGAGCUCACCGAGAGCAAGUGCGGCCGCCCGCUGGGCCUGCGGUUCCAUCGCCGGUCAGGCAACCUUUACAUCGCGGACGCGUACAAGGGGCUGAUGCGUGUCCGCCCGGGCGGCGGCGAGGCCACGGUGCUGGCCGCGGAGGUCGACGGCGUGCCGCUCCGCUUCACCAACGGCGUCGAUGUCGACCAGGUCACCGGGGACGUGUUCUUUACGGAUAGCAGCAUGAACUACCCGCGGUCGCAGCACGAGAGGGUGACGGCCACCGGCGACUCGUCUGGCCGCCUCAUGAAGUACGACCCCAGGACGGGCCAAGUCACCGUGCUGCAGGCCGGCAUCACGUACCCCAAUGGCCUCGCCAUUAGCGCCGACAGGACACACCUCGUGGUGGCGCUCACCGGGCCGUGCAAGCUGAUGAGAUACUGGAUCGAGGGUCCCAAGGCGGGCACGUCUGAGCACCUCGCUGACUUGCCGGGCUACCCUGACAAUGUGAGGGCCGACGGCAGAGGCGGGUUUUGGGUGGCGCUGCACAGGGAGAAGAUGGAGCUGCCCUUUGGUCCGGACAGCCACCUGCUCGCGGUCAGGGUCGGAGCCGACGGACAGAUGGUCCAGGUGAUGAAAGGGCCCAAGAGCGUGAGGCCAACGGAGGUGGUGGAGAGGGAUGGCGGCAAGCUGUACAUGGGCUCCGUAGAACUACCUUAUGUCGCCGUGGUUAGGGAAUACUAGUGACUUCAAUGAUUAGUUAAAGUGCUUUGGUUUUUUUUUUUUUUUGUAAAUUUAUAGUCUUGCUAUACAGUAUUUUAGGACAUUUUUUUCCUUGUUU